CCUGUAGCCAGUCAGCCAGUGCGACAGUAAGGACGUUGAGGACGAUCAUCACGGAGGGAGGAGGAUCAAUGAGACUCACCGGAGGCACCGAGGACGAGGACCUUCAUGAUGGUUGUGAACAGUAGUGGUAAUGUGGUGAGAGAUGAGGAAGUUGUUGACAGAAUGAGGGAAGAUGCCUUCGUGGUGUCUAGACUAAUGAAUGGCCAGAUGGGCAAUGCCGAGCCAGAUCAAGCCCACCAAACAGAGCUCGGAGUGUACCGCCUGGUGGCCUCGCCCGUCUCGGGGGUCCUCGCUUGGCAUUCAAGAGCGCAUUGUGGCGUCGUCGUGGCUUGAGCAGACUCGCACACCCCGCCGACGAACUAGCCGGCCGGUGCGCCCAUGCACCCGCCACGCGCCCGGCAAUUAUAUUGCUGGUCCUAUUGUCCUGCGCAUAAUCUCGGCAUGCCCAGCUGAUCUGACCCGUGCUCGUCAUGUAGAUGGCAGAGACCCGGCCUGGACGGAGGGAGAGGACAAUACCUGGUUGGAUGAAAUGACGAUGUGGGCGGCGAGAACAAAAGAAAUCCACUGCCGCCGGCAAGAGACUCCCCUGGACUCAGUUCCCGGGUUGUGCCGACCGGAUCAUCUCUGUAGCACCCCGGCGCCGCGGCCGCAACGAUGCGAUGAGGGCAAGAGAGCGGAGCGGUGACUAGUCAACGCGGUGUCGCACAUGCAUCACAUGCCACGACGGAGAGAGAGGAUAAGAUAAAGAUCUGGGUACUCGCCGCGUGGCAUGCGGACUUGGCCGACAUGUUGAUCUGGGGAAUCAGACAACAAUCAUGCGAUCAGGCGACCACCACCGUUUGAGAGUCAUCUGUCAC